AUGCCAGUCCCAGUCGAAUUCGCAGCGCAAGUCAGCUCUACCCUACAACUUGGUUCCAUUCCCAAACUCGAUAAAACACGUUUCAUUUCUUCAUUCGUAGAUACCCAGAGAUUGCAUACCAAAUAUUAUGCGGAGGAAGGCCGUACGCUAUGGAAUAAUCUCGUCGACACGGCGCGUGACCCAAGCCCUAAAAGUCCGCCUCAAGAAAAUACAGUUUUUGGAUUGUCUACGCCCGUACUGGUCCCUAGAAUUCCCCAAGUUAUCAUCGCAAAGGAACCUGGUUCAAAAACUUCGACCCCAAAGGAAAACCCUCCCAAGAAAACGAAGUCAAAAGCGAAAAGCACCUUCCACGCGAAAUCCGGUCAAAGACCUAACGAACAUCCUCAGAACGCGCCACACACCAAAAAACGAGCUGGGAAGCUUUCUGAUGACGAUGAAACUGCGGCCAGAUUGGCCGAACGCCGUGACAAGAAGCGCGCUAAACGAGAAAUCGUGCGACCUGCAACAAACGCCAACGAGUGCGAUAAGGAGGACAUUAAACAAAUUCAGGCUGUCGCAGACAAGAAGGGCAAGCAAAAGAAAGCUUCACCCGGACUAGCCCUUAUGCACGGAUUCACAGCAACAAAUGUCGGAAAAAAUCGUCUAACGGUCCCUCCACCUACAUUAGGUGUGUUCAGCAGAGGCAAGGCUUCUAAUAAAACCCACAUCAACACUAAAGCCAUUAGACCACCUGCUUUCUUAGAGACUGUCUUCUUGAAAGGGACCUCUCAUUGCGCCAAAUCAGUCCCAAAUGAACCCUUGAGCGAUAAUUCGACAUCGUCCCAAAACGAUUCAACUCCGUCAACACCACCCAAGCUAAAAUUGCGGAAAGUACCAAAUCCUUCUGUUAAGAACCAUUCCCGAAGUUCCACGGUGUCAAGCUCCUCUUUCGAUAACGAGGUAACUGAAACACCAAUCGCUCAAGCUGAAUCGGAGGUGUGGGAUAUCGAACGUGAAGGUUAUAAUCUUCCUUCGACAAUGUCAUCUACAUCCCCUGAGCGUAAUCAAAGCGUAGUUCUAAAUACUUGCAGCUUACCAUGGGUAUUAGAGACUGCAACCUCGGGGGAAAUACACGAGAAACACAAGAGGAAAGCUUUAGCUCAUGAACGCGAUAGGACAUCACAGCUCAGCAGUUCGCUAGCUCCGUCGCAGUCGGCAUCUCAACAUGGUCUUAAUGGUCGUUGUCGUACAACGACUCCUGUUCCUCUCCUUGCUUCCAAAUACUUUAUGCCCCAAAGACCACAUUCUGUAGCUGAUGCACUAGCUAAGGACGAAACGGCAAUACCGUUCAGCUCGCCGUCCGCUCCUGCGUUACAAGCCCCACCUAUUCAGACUCACGAAAGCUCGCUCUCCGACUAUUUUCUCCAUCUUCCUGUUGCGCCAAAUGUACAGGCGAAUACUUCCUACCACCCCCCGCAUCGAGCUGACGAUAUCAUAUACGAGCCUUAUAUAGCACCCAUAUAUGCUGGUGAAAACCCAUGGGAUCCUCUUGCAUUCUCGGAUCCCGUAAAUUUCAGUGAUACAGACGCGCCACAACCUCCUCCCGAAACUGUUGCGCCAAAUCUCACGUUAGGCAUUUCCUAUCCGUACGAUUUUUAUAUUCCACCGAGGGUUGAUGCCCCUCCGUUGCAAUAUGAUUCAGGGUAUGACGUGGAAGACGCAAACUCAAUGUUUUACUUGGAUGACGAUGGCUGCGGCCACACAGGCUGGGGUCUCCAAGAAAUAGUUUGUGAUAACCACGAGGAAGAAUAUCUAGAACAUGGUCAGAUGUAUGACGAGCAUGAACAUCUCUCCUGCCAAACCCAACAAUUUGGCGCUGAACACGAAAACACCACUGACCAGAAUUGGCAACGCGAUUUUUGUUCCAUUGAAGACGAUGCCUUGUUCGGGAUGGGGAUUGACUCGGAAGAAGCAGACAUGCUCCAGUGCCCCUCUGAGGAGUGGAUGGAGCCAAUAGGCCAGGAUCGCGUUCUCUCAGAGGCCAAUAGUGACGACUCAGUCGUCCGAGAGAUGCCUCGCUUUUUGCAAGGUCGGGAAUUGCUGUUGGGGUUUGGCGCCACAAGUAGACAGGAAGACAUCGUUCGUGACUGGUCAGGGUAUGCCUCAGUGGCAGAGGCGGAUGUUGCAAGGAAUCUAAAGGGUCACUGGUUGCCACAAAGGCUGUAAUAAUCCUGAAUCACGUAGCGCAUGUGGGACUUGUAAUAUUCUGUUCAUGUAGUUGAAUCAGGUUCAACUCAAGUUUUGUGAAUCAGUGUGAAU